GUACUGGGAGUCAGUAGAUUACUGGCUCUCUAAUCUGACCAGGCAGUCAGAUUAGGCUCCACACACCUCUGAGAGGAAACCACCGCUCUGACGGCAGCAACAACACUACACUACACUACACAGGAUGGACGGCGUCCCUCUGAAGAUGCCACAGAGUGUCUCACAGGAAGUCAAAGAAGACGUGAAAGUUGUUGUCCCUGAUUAUCUAAGCACACUGCAGGAUACAGAGUACAAGUUCCAUCUGGAGAACUGGGUACUAACUGGGCUGCAGAGCGGCUUCAGCAGCCAGCAUCGGCCGCAGCUCUCCUCAUCAGGACUGCAGCCAUCUUGUCCGCCAUACUGGAUGAUGUUCAGCAGCCCGCAGCAGAGCCGCCUGGCCAGCCGCCACUGCUCUGACUACUGGGAGCCCAAUCCUCGCCAACGCUCCCACAGCCUCAACCCCACCGUCCUGCGCAUUACACUUGGAGUCUCAGACUCGGAGGAUGAUGGAGAGAGCGCUGCAGAGAAAGCUAAGAUCUGUUUGUCAAUGAAAGGCGGCUCUGGUGGGGAGCGUCCUGCUGCUUUAUGUCAGCAAGCUCAGAAGAGAGCACAGAGAGCCUUUGUCCCAGACCUCCUCCACCCCCCGGCCUGCCUCAGUAGCCUGCCACACCACCGCAGGAAGAAUCUACGACAGGGCUCCCUAUCAGGGCUAGACACGUCCCAACAAAAUGAUCUCAACACAGACAGCCAAUCCAAGAGCCCGUCCUCCCACAGGACCCCCACUACCAGAGCCAAUACCAUCGACGGACUGCCCAGCACCCACAGCCACGCCACAGCACACACGCCUCUGGGACCAGACUGCUUUCGUACCCCCCCUGCAGACCUCCCAUCCCUGGGUCUCCGGUCCCAUGGUUCCGACUCGUUAGCAGAGCUGCUGUCAGCUCUGAGCCCCGAGGAGAGAGAGCUGCUGGGGGCCAUCACUUCCCGGGGUUAUCCCCUCCGUACUGCCAUCAUCGCCCUGCAGAGGGCAGGCCAGAGCCAGGACCAGGUCUUGAGCUACCUGGUGGCAUGUGACCAUCUGUGUCAGCUGGGUUAUGACAUGGCUCUGGUAGAAGAGGCUCUGGAGAUGUUUCAAAACUGUGAAACAAAGGCAAAGGAGUUCCUUCAUCUGCUGAGUCAGUUCAAUGAGAUGGGCUUCCAGCAGAACGCCAUCAAAGAAGUGCUGCUGGUGCAUGAAAACCACAGAGAGCGCGCACUGGAGGAGCUGAUGAUGCGUGUUGCGUGAUAGCACACACACACACACACACACACACACAGAGCUAACGUAUUAUUUACUAUAGGAGAAUAUGAACAGCCCGUCGAUAAAGCACAGAGAGGGUAAACACAUUAGGAUUAUUAGAGCUGGAGAUGGAUGUGGCCUUCACUCAAGGAAAGUAUUGUGUUGAUAUAUUACAUUGUAUGGAUGAUGAUGAUGAUGAUGAUGUGCCAUAGUGCACAGUUUGAUUCCUGUUUGUCACCAAUGUGUGAAAGUGGCUGAACUUGUGUGAUCUGUGUAUCUUAGUAGUAAUUGUGAAAUUUAUUAAACAAGUGUCAUGAAAAUC